CACUGUGUCAAUAGAUGACUACUACCGGCAGCAGGCUAGACUAUUUAAGAGAGAGCUUUUCCAAACCAUCAUAACUUCUCGAACCUGGACACUCAUCACAUCUCUCUGGGUCGAAAUAGGAAGCUUCCGUCAUAUUUUAAAGCUAUGUACAGAAGUCUCAGCAUCUUCCUGCUCCUCGCUGUCCUGUCAGCAAGCUCCUUGGGACAGCAGCCAAAAGAAACCAGCCAUGUCAACCCAGGGUUUCCUGAGUUUGAGCAGAGCCUGGCUGCCCAGCACCGGCAUGCCCGUGCUCCUGCCUCCCCCAGCCAACUGAAGCCUCUACAGAGAGCUGAUGGAAAUACAGACUCCAGGAACAGCUUUGGGGCUUUGCUGGCCAAGUACAUCCAGCAAGCCAGGAAAGGUUCUUCUGCUCGAAUGCCAGUCAUCAAAAACCUCCAGAGCAUUGACCCCAACCACAGGAUAAAUGACAGAGAUUACAUGGGCUGGAUGGAUUUUGGGCGCCGCAGUGCUGAGGAAUAUGAAUAUUCCUCCUGAAGAGGGUCAGAACCUAACCGGAAUCUAAAUUCACCAUUCUCCAUAGAAAAAUAAUAUUAGCAAAACCAAUCAUUUGUCAUCUCUACAAAUUGAUGUUUUAAAUAUACAUCAUAUAUAUUUAAGUAUUUGAUGUAAAAAGAGAAAAUCUGCCUGUAAAACUGUAUGAUGUAAUAUACAUAUAUACAGAAUUUUCCAAAACAGAGGAAAAAAUUCAUGCUUCCUUUCGCUAUGAUUUCUGGUCCUACACAGUUGAUAUGAUAUUAAAUCUCAUUCACUCCUCUUAGCCUGAGUGUUGUUGACUGUUUGGCAAUGAACUACAUCAAGUUGUGUGUUAAGAAAGAUCAAUGUCCAAGCCUAAGGACUAUAUGUUAAGAUCCUGUAUGAUCAUUUUAGUGAUCGAGGGUACUGGGGAGCCCAGUCCAAAUCCAGGUUAAAAUGGUUGUCCUUUACCAUGGCUAUGUUGUUCUAGAAUCAUAGUCCAUAAGAUUCAGCUCUACCUAGAAUUAUAUAUUCUUAGUCUAUGGCUCUUGGCAACCCUCUGCCAUUCUUGGCUCUGCUUUCACUUUUCUUUUCCAAUUGCAAGUUGACCCAUGAGACAUCUGCUAAUUGCUAUAAUUCAUGGAAUAAAUCAAAUAUUCUCUGGCU